GUUAGCUUUUCUUCAGGUUUAAUGUAGCUUGAAGACGGGUUUGGUGUAUUUUAUAAUAUAUUUGAGUGUUUGUCGGAACUCUGUCUUCACUUUAGUCCCAGAGAGAGUUAAUAAACGAGCAGUUAACUGCUGCUGAAGAAACUUUAACGGAGUUUGAUAAAAUCAUCGUCCAGUCGGAGGAAGAGAUGGAGGAUCAGCGCAGACUGCUUGAUUUAUCCCGGAUUCCCCUGAUCAUCUUACACCGAAUAGACUUCCCACAAUGCUGUGUGUGUAAAGAGGAAGAGAUUCUCAAAGAGUCCAGCAAGAAGAAGGAGGAACCAGAACCUUUUAAAAUAAAACUGGAGCAAGAGGAACCAGAACCUGUCCAGAUAAAACUGGAGCAAGAGGAGCCAGAACCUUUUAAAAUAAAACUGGAGCAAGAGGAACCAGAACCUGUCCAGAUAAAACUGGAACAAGAGGAACCAGAACCUUUUAAAGUAAAACUGGAACAAGAGGAACCAGAACCUUUCAAAGUAAAACUGGAGCAAGAGGAACCAGACCCUGUCCCAAUAAAAUUGGAACAAGAGGAACCAGAACCUUUCAAAAUAAAACUAGAGCAAGAGGAACCAGAACAUCAACAGUUCAGAGAGGAAGAGAAUCAACUCUGCAUCAGUCAGGAUGAAGAGCAGUUUGUGCUGAAACAGGAGACUGAAGACAUUUUGGUGAGUCCUUCUAUUGAGCAAAGAAUCAAUAAUGAAACAGAACCAAACAGGAACCAACUCGUCUCUCAUGCUUCUCCUGAAGAUGAGAACCAGGAUCACGAAGGAAGCAAUUCUGGAGAUCCAGGAGAAAAGAAAGACAAAGAGCAGACACAAAACAAGAGAUGUCAGAAAAACAAACAGAAAGAAGGAACUACUGAACGUCCAAAACAAAAACAGGACAAAAAAUCUCACCUGGAAAAAAAAUUAUAUCACUGCAAAGUUUGUGAUAAAAGCUAUUCUCGAAACAGCAAAUUGAUGAUACACAUGAGAAUUCACACAGGUGAGAAACCUUUCACAUGUAUUAGUUGUGGAAAGAGUUUCACUAAAAAAAUUUGUUUAACUACCCACAUGAGGGUUCACACAGGUGAGAAACCUUUCACAUGUAUUAGUUGUGGAAAAAGUUUCGCUGAGAAAGGUAUAUUAACUUCUCACAUGAAGAUUCACACAGGUGAGAAACCUUUCACAUGUAUUACUUGUGGGAAGAGUUUCACUAAAAAAUUUAGUUUAACUACCCACAUGAGGGUUCACACAGGUGAGAAACCUUUCAAAUGUAUGACAUGUGGAAAAAGUUUUACGGCAAAAGUAAGUUUAACUACUCACAUGAGGAGUCACACAGGGGAGAAGCCUUUCACCUGUAUAAAAUGUGGAAAAAGUUUUACGGAGCGAAAAGGCUUAACUGUUCACAUGAUGCUUCACACAGGUGAGAAGCCUUUCACAUGUUUGACAUGUGGAAAAAGUUUCAUAGAAAAAAAAAGUUUAACUAUUCAUAUUAGGCUUCACACAGGUGAGAAGCCUUUCACCUGUAUGACAUGUGGAAAAAGUUUUACGGAAAGAAAACGUUUAACUAUUCACAUGAGGAAUCACACAGGUGAGAAGCCUUUCACCUGUAUGACAUGUGGAAAAAGGUUUACGGAAAAAAACGUUUAACUAUUCAUAUGAGGAGUCACACAGGUGAGAAGCCUUUUUCCU